CUUCCCACAGGCCGUGCUCCAUGAGUGCCCUCACACGCCCCCAUCUUGGGCUUUGCCUCUGGCUGUGGCUGGGUGUCGCCUUGGGACUUGGCCAGGGACAAGCGAGCAGCCGCCUGAGGCUGGCCGUGCUGCCCGAGGACCGGCUGCAGACGACGCGGAGGGAGGCGGCCUCAGCUUCCUGGGGCAGGUACGGGGCUCGGGCAGGGCCGGCGGCUGGGGACGCAGAGCAGGAGGUGAUUCUGACCACCAAGACCCCCAAGGCAGUGGGGCGCUUGAGCCCCUCCAAGGGCUACACCGUGCAGAUCUUCAAGCUCACCGGCUCCGGGAACGCCCUGCUGGCGCAGAGGGAGUUUGUGCUCCAGGACCUGAAGAGUCACGCGGCAAGCGGGAGCAGCCGGAAGCCCCCGCAGGCGGCCGUGGAGCCCACACCCUCCCAUGCGGGGAGCCCAGGCCCUGAGCCCCGAGUUGCCUCGUCCCCAGGUCAAGACUCCCCCAAGACGCCAGCCAACCCCCAGUUCCGCGGCACACCCCCCACACCCGGGGACAUGCUCUUCCUGGUGGACGGGUCCUGGAGUAUGGGCCAUAGUCAUUUCCAGCAGGUCAAAGAUUUCCUGGCCAGCAUCAUUGAGCCCUUUGAGAUCGGACCAAAUAAAGUCCAAGUCGGCCUGACUCAGUACAGUGGAGACCCCCAGACCGAGUGGGACCUCAGCGCCUUCCGCAGCAAGGACAAGGUGCUGGCAGCUGUCUGCAGCCUCCGCUACAAAGGGGGAAACACGUUCACGGGCCUGGCCCUGACUCACGUGCGGGAGCAGAACCUGAAGCCGGGAGCGGGGCCCCGUCCAGAGGCAGCCAAGGUGGUGGUCCUAGUGAUGGACGACAAAUCCCAGGACAAUGCCCGUGCUGCUGGCCACGUCCUCAAGGACCUGGGUGUCGCUGUCUUUGCUGUGGGUGGGCAGAACGCAGACGAGGCCGAGCUGCGGCUCCUGGUCCCCCCGCUGGACAUCACCGUCCACAGCAUGCAGGACUUCCCCCAGCUUGGCACCCUGGCCAGCUUGCUCAGCCGCCUCAUCUGCCAGAAGGUCCAAGGCAGGAGCCGGGGCCCUGGUGACUGUGGCCACCCCGGCCCCGGACACGUCUUCACUCCCACCAGACUCACCUUGACCCAGGUGACCCCCUCCAGCAUCCACUUGUCCUGGACCCCAGACCCCCAGCUGCGGCUCAAGUAUCUGGUCACGUGGCGGCUCCGGGGUGGCCCCCCACAGGAGGUGGUGCUGGACGGGCCUGCCUUGUCCAUGACGCUUCACAACCUGACCGUCGGCACCGAGUACUUGGUGUCUGUGCUCCCUGUCAGCGAGGCCGGGGUCGGCGAGGGCCUGGGGGGCCUCGUGACCACAGCGCCUCUGCCUCCGCCCCAGGCACUGACCCUGGCUGCAGGGACGCCCACCACCGUCCGCCUCACCUGGCGGCCAUCCGAGGCCACGCAGUACCUGGUGCGAUGCUCGCCAGCCUCCCCGAGCCACCGGGAGGGGAGGCAGAGGAGGGUGCAGGUGGGGCAGCCAGAGGUGCUGCUGGAUGGCCUGAAGCCUGGCACGGACUACGACGUCCAGGUGCAGAGCUUGCAAGGGCCAGAGGCCAGCGAGGCCCAGGGCAUCCGUGCCAGGACUGGUAAGCGUCCACCCCCCCGAUGACACCUUGGCUUCUCCGACGGGAGUCACGACUCAGCCCGUGUAUUCUGGGAGGGCGUCCCAAGGCCCGUGCUCCUGUUCAGGGUCGGCUUUGUCACCAGUGAGGGCAGCCACUCAGGGCAGGUGGAGGCCCCUGGGAAGGCCACCUCAGCCACUCUGGGUCCCCUGUUCUCCACCACCUACUCCGUCCGCGUCACCAGCCUCGACCCCGCGGGCGGCUCCUCCACAGUGACUGGCCGGCUGACCACGCGGAAAGUCCCCAGCCCGAGCAAGCUCUCAGCAACGGAGCUCCCCGGAGACGAGGUGCAGCUGGAGUGGGCGGCCGCCUCGGCUUCUGGAGCGCUCGUCCACCAGAUCAAGUGGACGCCCGUGGGGGAUGGGAAGGCCGGAGAGAUCUCUGUCCCAGGGAGCCUGGGCGUCGCGGUCCUGCCUGGCCUCCGAAGCCACUUGGAGUACGAGAUCACCAUCGUGGCCUUCUACAGGCACGGGGCCCGCAGUGACCCGGUGUCCCUCUACUACACGCCCCUUAGGUGACCCUGCUGUGCUGCCCACCCCACAGCACGCCGGAGCCCGCCCUCCGACCUGGCCUUGGCUUCCAAGUCACCCAGCAGCCUGCGAGUCACCUGGAUGCCCCCGAGUGGCCACGUCCUCCACUACCAGCUCACCUACGUGCUGGACUCAGGCUCAGGACCAGAGAAGUCGAUCUCUGUCCCAGGACCCAGGAACCACGUGACGCUCCCCGACCUGCUGGCAGCCACCAAAUAUAGGGUCCAGGUCUCGGCGGUCUACGGAGCAAGGGAGAACGCGCCCGUGUCUGCCUCAGGCCGGAUGAAUCUGCCCGCAGUAAGGUGCUUCCACCUCGUGGCCGGCUUCGACCUCGUGGCCACCUUCGGGCUGGUGGGGCAGGAGCACGCGUCCCUCCGAGGCGUUGCCAUGGAGUGUGCUGCGUCCGGCGGUGCCCGGACCUUCACGCUCUUGAAGGACGCUCGGCUGACCCGCUGGGCCAGCGGCUCCCAGCUGGCUGCACCCCCGCCGGAGCACACGGUGGUCUUCCUGCUGCGCGCGCUGCCCGAGACUCCCCGUGAGGCCUUUGCUUUACAGCAGAUGACGGCUGAGGACCUGCAGCCCAUCCCGGGGGUCCUGCUGGACGCUGGCAGGAAGUCUCUGACCUACUUCAACCACAACCCCAGGGCCACCCUGCAAGAGGUGACCUUUGACCUGCCUGAAGUGAGGAAGAUUUUCUUUGGAAGCUUCCACAAGGUGCACGUGGCCGUGGGCCACUCCAAGGUCAGGCUCUACGUGGACUGCCAGAAGGUGGCCGAGAGGCCUAUUGGGGAGGCCGGGAGCCCACCUGCCACGGGCUUUGUGAUGCUGGGGAGGCUGGCCAAGGCCCGGGGCCCCCGGAGCAGCUCAGCCACAUUACAGCUCCAGCUGCUGCACUUCGUGUGCAGGGACUCCUCAGGGAAGGACGUGUGCUGCGAGCUCCCCGCGCCUAAGGAUGGAGAGACCGUUGCCUUCUCUUCUGCCUGCACCUGUUCCUCGCAGACCCCUGGGCCCCCAGGGCCCCCAGGACCUCCAGGCCUCCCUGGAAGGAACAGAGCCCCAGGAGAGCAGGGCUUCCCAGGGCCCAGGGGCCCACCAGGGGUCAAAGGAGAGAAAGGGGACCAUGGAUUUCCAGGCUUGAAGGGCCACCCUGGUCACCAGGGCGCCCCCGGGAAGGUCGGCCUCCAGGGACCAAAGGGAAUGCGAGGCCUUGAGGGGAGCGCCAGCCUGCCUGGACCUCCAGGCCCCAGGGGCUUCCAUGGCACGGCCAGGGCCAGGGGCACCAGUGGGGAGAGAGGACCCCCGGGGGCCGUGGGGCCCACGGGCCUACCAGGACCCACAGGGGAGCGAGAAGGGGGCGAGCCACAGUCCCUGGCCACCAUCUACCAGCUCCUGGGCCAGGCCUGCGAGGCUGCCAUCCAGGGUGAGUGGUGCAGCUUCCUUCUCAUGUACCGAACCACUCCUUCCUCCGUGAGAGCGCCAGGCCCCCCAGACCCAUCUUGGAGGCCCCCGGGCCCCCCAGCACACUCGGUGAAGCUCCCUGGAGAAGCGGGGGACGACGGCCUGCGCCCCGAGAACAGAGGAACUGGCUCCGUGGGGAGGGGGAACCCGGAGCCCUCAGUCACAUGGGCACCCCGGGGCUGGAAGGGAACAAGCCUCCAGGACGCCCAGGGGGAGCAGGUGAGCCCCCACCUGUGGGAGGAGGGGGUCCUGGGGAGCAGGAUGGCCCCCAUGCUGCCCACAGUGACCCUGCACCGCCCCCCCCAGACUCGGCACCGAGAACGGCUGUGCGGGCGGGAGGAAGAGGCAGGAGCAGCAAGUCCUGGGGGGGACCUGGGGGCCGAAGGGGGUGGGCCAGUGCCCCCCGCUCCCGCCCAGCAGCCUGGAUAG